AGAUGAGCAGGAAACUGUACAGGGGUAAAAUACUUCCCUCGGGGAGAGCGUUUUUGCACCUUUGUUCCGCACAUAAUUGUAAAAAUAUAAAUUUCACAACGCAAUAAUAUUGCACGCUUGUCUACCAUACACAGUAAAACAUAAAUACAGGAGGUGCAUUUCACACAUAUUUAACCGGGACACUUUAGCGCGGCUGUGGAAAAUUAGCCGUAAUUGUAUCGGGAUCUAUGUACUGUAGUACUGCAGUAGUACUACUACUUCCUCUACUACGCAGUAUUUGCAUUUACUGGGCUCUCGCUGUCCUCAGUGAGUGUGGUUACAGUUCAUCCGUGAAGUAGAGCUGAACGGCCAGAAUCGUUUCACCCCCAUGCCACCCAAGAGAGACGCAGGGACGACUCCAACAGAAACACCAGUCAAGAUGAUAAAAAUCGGCACUGACGCACAGGAGUUUGGCUGUGAUCCAGUGGAGGAUAAGUACAGGUUGGCUGAGGAGUCCAGCUACUCCCCCUUUCCCAACAAUGAGCAUGAAACCAUUGACUUUGAUGAAGAAAAUAUUGCAAGCCCAGACAUCAGAACAGACACCAUCAGUCUCCUCAUGAAAAUUGAGCAACUGCAGGCACAACUCAAAUAUGAACGCAGAUGUAGGAUUCUGGCCGAGAGAGAACUGAGGGAGUUGAAAGAGAUGAACACUCUCAUGAUGCAGAUGAGGCACACAGCACAUGAACUGCGAGUCACUCUGGAUCACGUUCUCCAAGGAGGCGAGGCAGCAGCAGUGCCGCAGACCUCCCACGAUGGAUCCGUCUCUUUCCUUGGGGAGGCUGGGGAAGAGAUGAGAGAAGAACUUAAUAACCCAGAGGACGAUCACAACUUCUUGUAUCUCAUGGAGCAUCUUCGAGUACCAAAAAAUCUUUAUGUGCGCAUCUCGGAGAUUGCAGACUACAAAAAGUACACGGCAGCUCUGCUGAUGAUACUUUUUGACAGAGAAACGUUGGCCACACACUCUCUGCAGGGCCGUAGGAGCACUUUUACUGGAGAAGAUUGCCACAAGCCUCAACUUCCACCUGAGAUCUUGAGAAGUUUAAUUGGUCACGUGACAGUCAAGUUCGGCGUUGAAAGCAGCCUAAUAAAAAUUGCAAUCCGUACAAAGUUGAAUAACGAGGACAAGCUAUUAAAGAAGAGACUGGGUAUUGCUAAAGCUGAAAACAAAGCUAUGCUUGAACAAAGCCUUUGCCAAGAUGCUUCACUCCUGAAUGAAAAUGGAGCAAUGGAAAGUGAUUCUCAGUUAUAAUCUUUUGAGUCGGCCUUCAUCUGUUGGUCACCAGUUUUUCAUUAUCUGACUUUUUAAUCUACCUGUAGUUUAUUCAGUCUUGAAAUCUAGUGCUUGAAGGUAGCUAUUUUAACAACCCUUUUUAGAAUUCUUCUUUCUUUUUUUUCUACAGCUGUUGUCUUGUGAAAGUUUAAUCUGGUAACCCAAACAGUACAUUACACAUGUUGCGUGUAAUCGUCAGUGGUAAAAACUACCAAGUGUUCUUAUUUCAUUUCAGGUAGUAAGUGGCUGUGUCUAAAUCUUCUGUGAAGUUGGCCUUUGUCAAACAUUUGUACAGGUUUAACUUUUCAAUCGGCUUGCCUUUGUGUGUUUUUGAAAGUAGGACAUUUACAAAUUUAAAAUGAUAAGUGUGCUAUUUGUACCUUGUUCAUAACAAACUAUACACCAAGUUAUCAUGUGCUUCUAGAAUAGUUUUUUUGCAGUCGCAAUAUAUGCCAUUAGUGAUAUUUUAUCUUGUUUCCAAAAAAGCUGUCACUUGUCUGUUUGUAUUAACUAUGUAAAGGACAAUAAACUUUUGGAACCGAUUUUUCUUCCAUUAGUUUAA